CCGAGGGUCUACAUUCAUCGCAAGCGAAGUGAAUCAUCCCACAGGCCAUAUAAAACGAUGCGUCGCGCUCAAAGCGUCCGUACACACCACUCCCGCGCAGCGACGUCGGGCACGCCCGACGAUCUCGGUAGACUCAGAGAGUCCGACGACUCUACACAAGGUUCCUCGAUGGAGGAGAAUCUGCGUCGGCAGCUGCUCGAGAAGGACAGGGAGAACGACAAGCUCCGUACGACUAUCGUCGCCCUGCAGACCCAGCUCAAGUCCCGCCCGCCCAUCGAGACGCUCCAGGAGCUCGAGAAGGAAUACAAGAACCUUGACCUCAUUCUCCAGGGAACACAGCGCGAGAACGAACGAUGCAUGGCGGAGCUGGAGCGGGCUAAGGUUCGCGAGAAGAUGCUAGAACAGGCAUUAAUGAAGCUCGCAGGAGAGAACUGGCAGUCGGCGUUGGAUAUCGCCCCAGCCCCGACCAUAGCGGUCCGGACUGCUGCUGGCCAUUCACGUUCAGGCUCUAUCGACGUGAGGGAGACACCGCCAGCAAGCGUCGAAUCAACCGCCGCUCAGCUCGAGCAAGUGCGGCUCCUCAUCUUGGGGAUGGAUCAGAAGUUGCAGGACCGCGAAGAAAGUCUGAACAAAGCCGUGCAGCGCGCGGAGAGUGAAGGAAACAAGAUGGAAGUUGCAAAGCAGGAGAUUGCCAAAUUAGCUACGCGGGCUUCGACGUAGCCAUUGUUGAAUGGGGACUGGUGGAGGAUCAGUUAGCAUCCUACUAAUAUUUGAUAAAAUGGUUUAUAUCACAUUGUAUUAUAGCUCAUAUUCGCAUCAUCAAUUAUACCCAUCAUGAUGGC